AACACAUAACAUAUAUCAUCAUUCAUCAACCACUUAUUAUCAUCACUCACACUACCCUCCUUUUCAAUUCAUAUUUCAUACACUAAUCAUUUCAUCAAUAAAUAAUUCUCCACACACACUACACUCCCUUCCCAAAAUUCCCUCUAAUAAUUCCCCCAAUUUUAUCCACAUAAAUUUUGACCCUAAUAAUAAAUCCCCAAUUUUCCCUAUCAAUUAAACAAAUCAUGCACUCACUAACAAUUAAACUGAACAUAGAUUUCAAUAACAUUGACUCGUCAUCAUCAUCAAGAAACACUCGCGUCAAUUUCGGCUCUGGAGAUGCUCCGGUUAGGUUAUGUAGUCACGUGAGAAGGAAUAACUGUAGGAUCGUCGCACGUGCGUCCGAAAAUGCCGGUGCCGGAGCCGAAGCUGAAGCCGGUGGCGGUUCUGAUAGUCAAAGUCAACUCAAUGAUCAUAAUAAAAAUACUAACGAAACUAGUAAUAAUUCGAGUUCCUUUUUUGAAAGAAGUCAAACUUAUGCUUUGAUUAAACAGCAAAUGGAAGUUGCCGCCAAAUCUGAGAAUUAUGAAGAGGCAGCCAGGCUUCGUGAUUCGUUGAGAUCGUUUGAAGAGGAGGAACCCGUUUUACGUUUACGUAGUUUGAUGAAGGAAGCUAUUGCCAACGAGAGGUUUCAGGAUGCAGCAAGAUACCGUGAUCAGAUCAAAGAAAUUGCUCCUCAUUAUCUGUUGAAAUGUUCAAGUGAUGCAACAACAUUGGGGAUCAGGGUUCAAGUUAGGAGUGUGUAUAUUGAAGGGCGCAGUCAACCUCUGAGAGGCCAAUACUUCUUUGCUUAUCGAAUAAGAAUUACUAAUAACUCAAACCGUCCUGUUCAGCUUCUCAAGAGACACUGGAUAAUUACUAAUGCUAAUGAGAAAUCUGAGGAUGUCUGGGGUAUUGGAGUUAUCGGUGAACAACCAGUUAUACUUCCUAAUAACAGCUUUGAAUAUUCGUCAGCGUGCCCAUUAACCACUUCUAGUGGAAGAAUGGAGGGUGACUUUGAAAUGAAGCAUAUCGAUAAAGUAGGCUCAAAGACAUUCAAUGUGGCCGUUGCGCCAUUUGCUCUCUCAACGUUUGGGGAUGCCACUGAUAACAUUUGAGGUAUCCCAAUGAUAUACUACGACAUCAUACUUUACUCAAGUUGUUGCAAAAGUUGAUCAAUCGAAUAUAGUAGGCAUAGAUGUUUGAUAAAAUGUCAGAAUCAACAAUUUUGUUUAAUUUAUUUGGAAGUACUCAACCUUAGAGUUUGAAUGUAUAGAAUUUUGAAUUUGAAAUCUAUUAUAAAUAUUGAAGUUUGGAAA